GGCAGUGCUCGGCUGCGUCUGUCUCUUGCUGCCCCCUGAGCCCGUCGGGUGGAGCAUGAAGCACCAUGGUGUGGUGCGACCGUGGGGUCCAGAUGCUGCUGACCACGGUGGGUGCCUUCGCUGCCUUCAGCCUCAUGGCUAUCGCCAUCGGCACCGACUACUGGCUCUACUCGAGCGCCAACAUCUGCAACGGGACUAACAUCACCACGGACGACACCUCGCAAAGCCAGUCCAAGAAGGUGAAAGGAGACCUCACCCACUCCGGGCUCUGGAGAAUCUGCUGUAUUGAAGGGAUAUAUAAAGGACACUGUUUUCAAAUCAACCACUUCCCUGAAGACAAUGACUAUGAUCAUGACAGCUCUGAAUACCUUCUCCGUAUUGUCCGUGCCUCCAGUGUAUUUCCGAUUCUAAGCACAAUAUUACUGCUGCUGGGAGGGCUCUGCAUUGGAGCUGGAAGGAUUUACAGCAGCAAGAACAACAUUAUCCUCAGCGCUGGGAUUCUUUUUGUGGCAGCAGGAUUAAGUAACAUAAUAGGAAUUAUCGUCUACAUAUCCAGUAAUGCAGGUGAUCCUAGUGACAAGCGAGAUGAGGACAAAAAGAACCAAUACAAUUACGGAUGGUCUUUUUAUUUUGGAGCCUUGUCUUUCAUUGUAGCAGAGACAGUUGGAGUUCUAGCUGUGAACAUUUAUAUUGAAAAAAACAAAGAACUGAGAUUCAAGACCAAGAGGGAGUUUCUUAAGACUUCUUCUUCCCCUUAUGCCAGGAUGCCAAGCUAUAGAUACCGGAGAAGGAGGUCCAGGUCAAGUUCUCGAUCUACAGAGCCUUCUCCAUCCAGGGAGGUUUCUCCAGUCGGCAUGAAAAUGGCAGGCUCUAUUCCCAUGAAUGAAAUCUCCAUGUAUACGCUCUCCAGGGAGCCCUUGAAGAUCAACACAGCCGCAAGCUACAAUAUGGAACAAGAUGCUGGUUUUCUUCAAGUUCACAAUUUCCUUCAAAAGGAAUACAAAGAAGGACUUCAUAUCAACAUGGUCAACCGGAGAACAACCCCUGUUUGAAAGGAUUGCUUGCUUUUCCUACAACAACAACAAAAUCAGACAAAGCAAAAUCCAGAUGUUUUUAUAUGUCAAAAGCGUGUAUUUUUUAAAAAGCGCUUGCAUACCUCAAGAUAAAAUCACAUGAAGAGGUUGCAGAUAGGCACUGAAAUGCUGAAACGACCUGAAGAUACAGAACUAUACAUUUCUAGCUGAUUUUAUAAGCUCUUUCAAAAUUUGUUUAAAAUUCUCAGU